AAUCGUCAUUUUCCGAUUUGAUUACUGGUACUCUCUGUUUCCUCUGGUCUUCCACUCAUCCCUGGAUCUCCAACUCCUAGGCCGAGCUGGAGAAUUCCGAUCCCAAGAACCCCACCACGCGCCCGCACCGAUCCCAAUAACUUGUUCCUCCCACCCUCCGAUGCGGUCCCUUUGACGCCAGUUGCGGCGGCAGGCGGCAUGGAUUCCGGCGCCAACAGCGUCGGCGGGUCGGUGGACGAGUCGCCGGAGCCGGCGCCGGCGACACGGUCGGUCGAAACGGUCACGAAAGGCAGCGGGCUCCGCCGGUGGCGCCGUAUCCCGAGGGAGCAACACCGCGAGGGCUCCCCUGCCAGCCCCGGUGCCGGCUCUGGCGCGGGUGAGGACUUGGCGGCGCAGCUCCACAAGCGUCGUCUCGGUCCCACCGCCGACGCGCCCAAGGGGAAGCAGGACGUGGUUGCCGAGGAGGAGAGCUCGGUCGCGUCCGUGGAGUCCAGCUUCGUGCCGCCCGAGGCGUCUCCGGCGCCGGCGCCGACUAGGUUGGACCCGAAUCUCGGCCUCCUGAUCGCAACCGCCGGGUUCUCUGUGGGCGCCGGCGGCGCCGACUCGGACAACAGCGACGACCGGGCCAGCAAGUCCUCCACGGCCGCGAGCGCGCCGCGCCACGACUUCUCCUUCAGUGGCUUCGGCCGGGAGCGCGACAGGGCGCGAUCCCGCGCCCCCGGCGGCGCUGCUCACGGCAAGAACCUGCGCGCAGCACGCGUCCGCGGAGCCAGUGCGCGCGCUGCCGCCUCCCCUGUGGAAGCGGAGAACUCGCGCUCGAGUGUCGAGUCCAACCUCCGCGGCUCUAGCGCUACUCACGCGCGGCAAUCCAGUGCGAGCAUCACCAGCAACGGCGUUCACAAGGUCCUGUUCCCUGAUGGCCAUCACAGUGACGAAGAACCUCCAAGUGAGGAGGUGCGGUAUACAACUGGAGGUUUCUACAAGCAGAAUGGGAGUGUUGUAGGUAGAUUGGUAAUGGGGAACUGUGAUUCCGACGCCAACAAUCAUAUGUUGGAUGAAGCGAGUGUCGGCAAGUUUGAGAAUGGAGGGAUCCAUUCAGGCCUUGAUCAAUAUGUUGAGUCGAUUGCGUUGCUUCAGUCGGCACAAGAAGCACUUGAGAAUGAGAUCCAAAAGUUUGUGGAGAUCAGGAAAGAAUCCGACGAAAAUUCCACAACUCACCACAGUGAAACAGAAUGGAGUAGCUCACCCCGUCCAGAUGAACCUGUAGAAGAACCAAGUGAACGGUUGAAGUUUCUUGAGUCAAAGCUGGAAGAAGCAACCUUGCUUAUCAACGAGAAGGAUUCAAGAAUACUUGAACUCGAUGCACUCAACCCGACACAACCACGAGAAACUGUGGCAUGUAAUAACAAUGUGCUGUCACUGCAGUCUGAUAUCGAGCAACUGUUCUUGGAGAAGAUGGAAGCUGAGAUUCAGUGCUUUAUCCUGACAAGAGCUUCGCAAGCUUCGGAACCCCUGACCAAGGAUAAAGUCACUCUUUAUGUUGCGCAGAAAUCUCAGGCCAGUGAUCACAAACACAUAGAAACUAAGCUGGGGAAUGCUGAGAACAGGGCUAUGAUGCUAGAGGAGAUGGUGGAUAAACUUGAGGCGCAAUGCAAAGAGCUCUCUGAGACUUCAGAAGUCCUGAAGCUGCAGGCCAGAGCAAAUAGAGCUUCCUUGUUCUGUUCCAUCCAGCUAGUGCUGCUAUGCAUCGCCAUGGGGACCCUCCUCGUGCGCUUCAUGCCCUCUUCUCCCGAGCUUGUACCUACUUGAGGUUAGAAAAUUCUCUGCCGACCAGCCUUUGUGUAGACAUUCUUGAAAGAUUGUUUGCUGUAAUUUAUUGGGCAUUGAUCGCCUUACAAAUUUUCAUUUUUGUAACAUCAACUCGAUUUUGCUAGUAAUCACUUCACUACUUUACUGUA